GUUGUCGCGAUAAUGCUACUCGAAGACCAGCGCCAGAUCCACGAGGAUCUUGAGCGCCUCGAGGAUGCCAUCGCCGACCGGCUCCUCGAAGAUCCUCCACACAUCCGCGAUCGACUUGCACGAGAUCACGACAUCGCGCGCUUCCUGGAGCAGAUCGAAGCUCAGUCCAGUCGGCUUCUCAAGAUCUACCAAGAUCCCAAUGGCGUCAAGGAGGAUGAAGUGCGCAAUUUGACCCAGGGCGAUCCGAUGGAGAACUUCCUGAAGGAGGUCGCGUCUAUCAAAGACUUCCACCGCCGCUAUCCCAACGAACCCGUAGAGAAUCUAGAAAAGGCAUACAAGAGGCGCACGCCCGAGGAUCAGGCUCGCUCUUUGGCGGCCAUUGACGCCUUGUUCACUGGUGAGGAGGGUUUUGGUCGCUUCUUUGAUCUGACCAUGCUGCACAAGCAGUACUUGAACCUUCCCAUUCAUCAGCAUGGCCGUCGCCUGACGUAUCUGCAGUACCUCGACGUGUUCGACAGCUUUGCGCCACCAGAGAAUAACAUUCCGCGCGGCCAAAAGAUGUCGGAGGCUUUCUUCAGUUACUUGAAAGCGCUCAGCGAAUACCUGGAGAGCUUCAUGCGUCGCACCAAGCCGCUCGAGAAUCUCGAUAAACUGUUUACCACCUUCGACGCCGAAUUCGACGAUCUGUGGUCCAAGGAUGAACUCCCUGGAUGGGAGAAGAAUGCGGCACAAACUGCGCCGGUGGAAGGCGAAGCUCCACCGAGUGAGGGUAUCUGGUGCUCCGCUUGCAAACGCGGCUUCAGCAAGGAAACCGUGUACGAAGCGCAUCUCGCGGGGAAGAAACACAAGAAGGCGGUGGAACAAAGCGCGGCUCCUACAUCUUCCAGUUCUAAUCAGGAGUCCGGUGGCAGUAUGAAACGCUUCAAGGAGCGAGCCGUUGCUGAGCAGGAGUUCAGGAUCCGAAAACUUGCAGCUGCCAUGCAGACCCAGCGCAGUGACACCAAGGUUAACGUGGAGCGCAAACAGGGAAUGACGGACCGCGAACGCCAACAAGAGUUGGAGCAACUUUACUCAGAAACACCCGAGACCGCGGCCGGUGCGAACGACGAGGAAGAAGAAGACGGUGAAGAUAAGAUUUAUAACCCGCUCAAACUCCCGCUUGCAUGGGACGGCAAGCCCAUUCCAUUUUGGCUUUACAAACUUCACGGAUUGGGUGUCGAAUUCCCAUGCGGUAUCUGCGGGAACUACGUGUACAUGGGUCGCCGUGCCUUUGACAAACACUUCAACGAACCUCGCCACAUCUACGGUCUGAAGUGUCUGGGUAUCACGAACACUUCACUCUUCCGGGAAAUCACGAGCAUCGAAGAGGCGCAGGCGUUGUGGAAUAAAAUCCAGCGCGAUAAGAAGAAGGAAGCAAAGGUAGAAGAUGGUGUUGUGCAGGUCGAAGAUUCUGAGGGCAACGUCAUGCCGGAAUCUAUCUACAAGCUUUUGGCAGCACAGGGUCUUGUCUGA